UUUUUAUUGGAGGUGGUAGAGAGACAGAAAAAUUUCCCAAACUGUCUGAACAAACAGGGAAAACAUGCCAUUUGAAUAAAAGCACGGAAUGGAAAAGAUCUCCAUAAAGUUAUGACAAAUUCCCGUGACCAGGUCACUGACCACAAUGUUGAACCUUGCCACAUCCCUGACCACUUCCUUGACUGUUGCCCUGUCCCGCGCCGCUUCCCUGGCCAGCUCCGAAGCCCUGUCCCACGCCCUGUCCCGCACCGCUUCCCUGGCCUGCGCCGAAGCCCUGUCCCACACCACUUCCCUGUCCAGCACCGCUUCCCUGGCCCGCGCCGAAGCCCUGGCCAGCGCCGAAGCCCUGUCCCACGCCGCUUCCCUGCCCCACUCCGCUUCCCUGGCCAGCGCCGAAGCCCUGACCCACUCCGCUUCCCUGGCCAGCGCCGAAGCCCUGUCCCGCGCCGCUUCCCUGGCCAGCUCCGAAGCCCUGUCCCGCGCCGCUUCCCUGUCCCGCACCAUGUCCAGCACCGCUUCCCUGGCCAGCGCCGAAGCCCUGUCCCACUCCGCUUCCCUGGCCAGCGCCGAUGCCCUGUCCGGCGCCACUUCCCCGGCCAGCUCCGAAGCCCUGUCCCACACCGCUUCCCCGUCCAGCACCGCUUCCCUGGCCCGCGCCGAAGCCCUGUCCCACGCCACUUCCCUGGCCAGCUCCGAAGCCCUGUCCCACGCCGCUUCCCUGGCCAGCUCCGAAGCCCUGUCCUACGCCGCUUCCCUGGCCAGCACCGAAGCCCUGUCCCACGCCGCUUCCCUGGCCAGCUCCGAAGCCCUGUCCCACUCCCUGUCCCACUCCGCUUCCCUGGCCAGCGCCGAUGCCCUGUCCUGCGCCGCUUCCCUGGCCAGCUCCGAAGCCCUGUCCCGCGCCAUAUCCAGCGCCGCUUCCCCGGCCAGCUCCGAAGCCCUGUCCCACACCGCUUCCCCAUCCAGCGCCGCUUCCCUGGCCCGCGCCGAAGCCCUGUCCCACGCCGCUUCCCUGGCCAGCUCCGAAGCCCUGUCCCACGCCGCUUCCCUGGCCAGCGCCGAAGCCCUGUCCCACUCCGCUUCCCUGGCCAGCUCCAAAGCCCUGUCCCACGCCCUGUCCCACUCCGCUUCCCUGGCCAGCGCCGCUUCCCUGGCCAGCUCCGAAGCCCUGUCCCACACCCUGUCCCACUCCGCUUCCCUGGCCAGUGCCGAAGCCCUGUCCCACUCCGCUUCCCUGUCCUGCGCCCUGGCCAGCUCCGAAGCCCUGUCCCACUCCGCUUCCCUGGCCAGCUCCGAAGCCCUGUCCCACGCCGCUUCCCUGGCCAGCUCUGAAGCCCUGUCCCACUCCGCUUCCCUGGCCAGCGCCGAAGCCCUGUCCCACGCCGCUUCCCUGGCCAGCGCAGAAGCCCUGUCCCACGCCGCUUCCCUGGCCAGCGCCGAAGCCCUGUCCCACGCCGCUUCCCUGGCCAGCGCCGAAGCCCUGUCCCACUCCGCUUCCCUGGCCAGCGCCAAAGCCCUGUCCCACGCCCUGUCCCACUCCGCUUCCCUGGCCAGCGCCGCUUCCCUGGCCAGCUCCGAAGCCCUGUCCCACUCCGCUUCCCUGUCCUGCGCCCUGGCCAGCUCCGAAGCCCUGUCCCACUCCGCUUCCCUGGCCAGCUCCGAAGCCCUGUCCCACGCCGCUUCCCUGGCCAGCACCGAAGCCCUGUCCCACGCCGCUUCCCUGGCCAGCGCCGAAGCCCUGUCCCACGCCGCUUCCCUGGCCAGCGCCGAAGCCCUGUCCCACGCCGCUUCCCUGGCCAGCGCCGAAGCCCUGUCCCACGCCGCUUCCCUGGCCAGCGCCGAAGCCCUGUCCCACGCCGCUUCCCUGGCCAGCGCCGAAGCCCUGUCCCACGCCUCUUCCCUGGCCAGCGCCGAAGCCCUGUCCCACGCCCUGUCCCACUCCGCUUCCCUGGCCAGCGCCGCUUCCCUGGCCAGCUCCGACGCCCUGUCCCACUCCGCUUCCCUGGCCAGCGCCGAAGCCCUGUCCCACUCCGCUUCCCUGUCCUGCGCCCUGGCCAGCUCCGAAGCCCUGUCCCGCACCACUGCCCGGCUUCACUGCGUGGAAACAGAUUCAAACACAGAUCAGUUUUAG